AUGUGUGUAUCACUGAGCUUCCUGUGUCUCGAUAAGCCUAUUGAGUUGACAAUCUUGUGCAUUCAAACAUACGAAAGAGAAGCCGGCAAGAACUGGGACGAGUUCUACGGGCGCCACAACAACAAGUUCUUCAAAGAUAGGCAAUGGCUGUACACUGAGUUUCCUGAGCUGUUUCAGAUCUCCCAGGAACGCGUUGAAAAGAAGGACGCCCUACGUGUGCUGGAGAUGGGCUGUGGUGUGGGAAACACUGUAUUUCCGUUGUUACAAACAAACCCCCACUGCUACGUUUAUGCGUGUGAUAUCAGUCAGACGGCGGUGGGUAUUCUGCGCGAACACGAGCGCUACAACCAAAAGAGGUGUACCGGGUUUGUUUGUGAUAUCUCCAACCCCGAGCAUGACAUUCCUAUCGAGGAAGGUUCUCUGGAUGUGAUCACAAUGAUCUUCGUCCUUUCCGCCGUACAGCCCGCCAAAUUUCACAUCGCCUUGGAUCGGGCGGCGCGAUUGCUGAAGCCGGGUAGUGGGUUGCUGCUCUUCAGAGACUAUGGGGAAUACGACAUGUCGCAAUUGCGUUUCAAACGCGGGAAAUUUGCAGGCGAGUACAUGUGCCCGAGUUGUUUUUAG